ACUGCCAUUUUCUACAUUUCCACCAUGUCAUCAAAUGAUUUGUUAUCCUAUUCCAUAAUGCAAGGAGGUAAUAAGGUCGGGCCCAUAUCACCUGUCCGGCUUCCAGUACCCUCGGCACUUCCUAGUUCCACCAAAAUUGUUUUACCUCCCAUCGACUCGUUGAAACGGUUAACUGAACACAACUUGAAUACUCUCAAUACCAGUUAUGGAGGCUACACUUACAGUAAGGGUGAAGUAUCGCCCAGGCUGACCCGGGACCUGUUAUCCCCUCCCAACUCGGUUAAGUUGCAAAGUCCCGCGGCCGAAACAAGAAAUGUCGCUGGUGCUGCGGAUGUCAGUGCGGGUGCGGCCGCGAUUGCUGCUCUUGUAGCAGCGGCUGCCAAUGCUAGUGCGACUGUCAUGCCUUCCCCCACCACCACCGUCAAGGUAACCACCCCCACUUUACUGAAGUCUUCAGUCACUUCUAUUCCUAUAACCCCCGCUGCGUCGCCUAUUCCUAUCGAAGAACUGCACAAGCGCCGGCAACGCCUUGGGCCAUCGUGUGACUCGUGCAGGACUCGCAAGGUCAAGUGCAACGCCGAGAUCUCCAUUUUAGCACCUCACUAUGCGGCAUAUGAUUUGACCGAAUUCAAUUUGUCGCCUGCCCAAAUUGAGUCGUUGCACUCCGAUCAUCUGGUAGUCCUCCCCGCUUCUGACCCUUCGGAUGCUCCAUGGAUGCUUACGGUUUCGCACACUAAACUUAUCAAGUUUCGGGCUUGUAAGUCCUGCGCUUGCAAAGAUCUUGAGUGCAAGUUCUCAAAAGGGUUCACCAAAGAAGAUAUUCUUGUCAACAAAAAGAGUCUUAAGACUCGUUCGGAUAAACAAAAGGUCGGCAAGCCCGUCAUCGACAGCAGUCGUAAAAGUAGCUGUUUCAACUGCCGCAAACGCAAAAUUAAGUGUUCGAUGAAUGAUCACAGUGAAAAAUGUGAAAGCUGCUCCAAGCGUAACAGCAGUUGCAGCUUCAUCUAAUGGGAUUGGGUAAUAUAGUAUACGAAUUAUAAAGGUAAUGAUAAUGAAUAAAUUAAUGAAUAGACUGAUUAAAU